CUUCACAUUGAAAUAGUUAAGUCGAAAUAUACAUUUGAAAAUUUGAACUUGAAGCAUUUAUAAUGCAAAACCCUAAAGGAGACCAGCGGAGUUUAUCACAAGAUUCAACAGACUCUGACUCAGAUUCUUUACGGACAAUAAGAGUUACGCAAAUCAGUGUCGUUCCACCGCCACCCAGUCCAGAUAUUUCGUCCGGCAAUGAAGAGUUAGAGCCACCUCCACCCAUAGCCAGCAGAUCAGGCAGCCGGCAGUCUAAAAAGCAAGGCGUGCAAUUUAAGCGACCCACCUAUAGUUGGAAGCAACUCAAAGCGAAGCGUGCAACGCAUGUCAAAAAAUGGGAGAAAUUUGGAAAAGUCAUUGGCUGCAUUAUUUUGUAUAUUGUCAUAUUUUUUGUGAUUUCCACUUGGGUGUCCUAUUGCAUCGUUGUGCCACCCGCACACUGAAGCAGAGUGAAGAGUGCAGCAGCUGCCAAACUGUCAACGAGCUGCUUUGUGCCGUAGACUGACCGCUAACCGCUGCUGACUGACAAGUGGCACUCAGAACUAGCAACUGUUGUCGCUGGCACAGGCCAAGCUCUUCAAACUGCCCAACACUUACACAUGCACACACAGACACAGACACACAGACACAACUUGUGACUCCUAUGGCCAUUAUGCACUAGAGUACAGCAUCCUGGCGAUAUAGCAACCAACCAACCAACCAACGAGCAAGUCAAGUGGCGCGCCGUUUUGUCAAGAGCUGCACUGGCCUUUGCUUUUGUUUCUAUGUAAACUUUUUUUUCGAGUUUUUCCAACUGCCCUUUUUUCUAUGUGUGUGUGUGUGUUUUUUGGGCUACGCUUUGCGCGGAAAUGUAAAUUAAUUGGUUUAACAAAGUGCACUUGAAUUGCGCUGCGGGCAUCUGCUGCGCUGCUUGUUGUUAUUUUGUAGUUGACGAUCAUAAAAGUUUAACUGCCAACGUAAUAAUGCGCAACCCUCUAAAAAAUGAAAAAACAAAACCAAACUCACUGACAUUUGACAUUUAAGCAAUAAAUUUGAGUUACAGUUUUGAAAGCAGCAGACAUAAGUUUUAAGUAAAGUCAAUAAAAUGUGUUGAAAUUAGUACAA